GUCGCCCUACACUAAUAUAUUCAUCGACGUAUUACCAGCCCAUCCUCGGCCUCGUCGUCUCCACAGUAAUGCUCGUCGUCGCUGUCAUGCUCACCUGGCUGCCGAAGCCUCACCCUGACGACGAGACUCGCCCGCAAGUGGACUCGUUUGGCGUGCUGGAGCUGAUGUGGUACCUCGGUCAAGAUCGCAACCACCUCUCGGACCACAUUGCGCAGGCCGUGCCCGACCCGACGCUCGAGCAUCUGCGCGACUGGGGUAAGAAAGAGCGCCAUAGGUUUGCGGACGACGAUUGGCCACCACAGGACUAGAUGCAGGAGAAGUGAGCAAGCGAUACGCGAUAGGCUCGUUUGCGGAUGCCUGUACUAUGGCGGCAAUUUCAUCUUCUGACGUAGAUACGACUUGUCUCAGUCUCCGUAAUACAUAGUCUUACCUCCUCAGUGUACCG